UUUUAUGUAUGGCGGUCAGAGCAGAACGAACCUUCCUGGUUUCUCCGACUGCAAUUUAAACAAAAUCAAGAAGAAGAAACAUAGUUGCUUAUUCAAUGUUCCAACAUACAAUAUGAAUGCUCGGUGUGGUAAUGGAAUCAAAGAGAAUGACGAGGAAUGCGACUGUGGAACUCCAGAGAUGUGUAAGCAAAAGGACCCUUGUUGUCAACCCCACGACUGUCGUCUCAAGCCUUCAUCUCAGUGCAGCGACUUACACCACACGUGCUGUCAAGACUGUCAAUUUAAGAAACAAGGUUCCAUUUGUAGAAAAGUAAAGACUGAUUGUGAUGUUCCUGAACAUUGCCCGGGAGACUCGGGAGAUUGUCCUGGUGAUGCAACUUUAACGGAUGGUACACCAUGCAACAGUAAUUCGUACUGCUAUUCUGGAAACUGUGCAGAGACAAGGGAGAGACAGUGUCAGGAUCUCUGGGGAUCAGGAACGAAAGAUGCAGCCCAAGGUUGUUAUGAUAAGCUGAACACCGAAGCCAAAGGAUACGGAACGUGUGACCCAGGCUCCAACUCGUCUUGUGCWGCCGAAGACGUACUGUGCGGUCAAAUUCAAUGUUCUUCUUCAAGAAAGACACCAAAGGUUAAAUAUGGGAAAAGUUACAAAGCAAUUACUCUGGCUGAUUCUUCUAAAUGCAGCGCUGCAGUUCUUAAGACAACAGAUGAUGCCCUUGGUCAGGGAAUGGUGCAAGAUGGAACAARAUGCGGUCAUGAAAAGGUAUUSAUUAGUGAUAGCUAAAAUUCCUUAUYUUAUUAUUACAAUUCGCUUUUCUUCGUAUGCAUAGAAGAGUGAACUGGAACAAUUUUAAGUUCCAGUCAAACCA